CAAGCUACCCCCCCCCCCAACACACACACUUUCUGCACACAAGAGGAGGAAGGGCUAAAAAAGCAGAAACUCCCGAGUCUUCAAAGCAAAGCAAAGCAUCGCGCACGACGCAACGCAACCUGCCCUUCCUUCCUGCGUGUCUGUCCUGUCUGUCUAUCAGUCUGUCUGCACCCAACAGCCCCAGUGAGGAUCCCACGAUGCUCCUGAACCGCUGCAGCGCGCCCUGAUCUCAGCGCAUGGCAACUUUCAAGCCCAAAUGCAACUUUUAGGACUUUUAUUCCCAAUAUGCAAGCGCACGAGUUUCUGACGCGCCUUUUGCACGCGUGUGGCAUUUCUGACAUCGUGUUGCGAGUGGGAUAAAAAAAAAAAGCGCACAGGCGCACAGGCUGCUGGAGAUCAAUUCAGUGGGAGAUGAGAUGAGAGGAGAUGAAGGGGGCUUGAUUCCGAGUCCGAUCUCAACUCUGAUUGAUUACUUAUUAGUCACCCCCCCUCCCUUUGGAUCCCAGAUUCGUUCAAAAGGCAACGUGGAGCGCAGAAAUGAACGCACUGCCGAGCGCACUGGCGAGCUCCGAUCCGAAUAGAAGACUCACUUUGGUAAGCACGAGGAGCAUGGUGGCGGUUUAUUGAGACUAAUAAUAAGAGAGCUGGUGCUUGGGUUUGUUCACCUCGGACUCGGAUCUUCGCCUUUGACAGCUGCUGAGAGGAAAAUCUAGAACUUGCGUGCGUCCUUGCACGUUUCCAAAUCCCCCCUCCUCCCUUUUUUUCGGGAUAAAAGCAAACUAACAAAAAAAAAAAAAAAUGAAAGUGUGGACUUUCCUGCCGUGGCUCCCUUGCCUCGUUAUCCUAAUCCUGUGCGUCGGGUCGGAGUGCGGCCCCGUGUGGAGGAAAGGUCGGUCCAAGCGCGAGCUCGUGAAGCUCCGGGAGGCUCGGGCGAGCGUGCCGGGCGCGUGCGCCACCCGCCUUCCACGCGGCAAGCGAUCCGUGCCGGGGCUCGAGCGGCGUCUGCCCCGCCAGCGCCGGCGCGCCUCCGCGGCCGACGAGAACGAGGACGCGUCCGUCUCCGCCGCGUCUUCCGCGCACGGCCACGCUGUUUACUUCACAGGACGCGGAGACCAGCUGCGCCUCAGAUCGGCGGAGGAAAUCCCGAGGGGAAACUUUACUUUGGGGAUGUGGGUGAAGCCCGAAGGAGGACAGCGCUCCCCUGCCGUGAUUGCAGGCCUCUUUGAUAAGUGUUUCUAUGCCUCAAGUGACCGGGGAUGGCUGCUGGGUAUCAAGACAGUUAGUGAGCAAGGCAACCGAGACCCUCGCUUCUUCUUCUCUCUCAAGACGGAUCGGGCACAUAAGGUCACCUCUAUCCACUCCAACACCCUUUACCUGCCUGGCCACUGGGCCCACGUGGCAGUCACGUACGAUGGCAUUUACAUGAGACUGUUUGUGAAUGGUGCUCAGACUGCUGUUAGCAGAGAACAGUCUGGAGAUGUCUUCUGCUCUCUUACUAAGAAGUGUAAGGUGUUGAUGGUGGGUGGAAAUGCCUUGAACCAUAACUACCGAGGUUCUGUUGAGCGAGUGACUCUGUGGCGUCAAGCCCUCUCCCAGCGCCAAAUCAUAAAGGACAUGCAUGGCCACGAGGACUCUCACUAUCAAGCAGACCUCAUCAUCCGGGAGAACUUUGAGCACCCCGAGCGCAAGUGGCUGGUGGUGAAGGAUGGGAAUUUCCCACAACCAGACGAAGGCCCUCGGGCUGGGCUGGCCUCUCUGGACACAACCCUAGAGCCGCCAGCCUGUGGUCAGACAGUGUGCGAUAAUGUGGAGGUUGUGCGCAACUACAACCACUUUUGGACCUUCCGGAGACCCAAGACGGUGCGCUACCGUGUGAUCAACGUGUACGAUGAUGAGUACCGUAGGCCUACCGUGACUGAUCAGCAGAUCUUUCUGCAGCAACAGGAAUUGAAUGAAGCCUUCAGCAUGUACAACAUCACCUGGGAGCUGACGGUUCAUAACAUUAGCAACUCCACGCUGCGUUCCCGGUUAGUGCUAGCCAACUGCGAUAUCAGUAAGGUUGGCGAUGAGGACUGCGAUCCUGAGUGUAACCACACCCUGACCGGAUUUGAUGCCGGGUACUGCAAGCCCAGGGCUCGCUGUGCUGAGCACAAGCCAGGCAAUGGUGUGUGUGAUCUAGAAUGCAACUGGGAUAACUUUGCUUACGAUAAAGAUGACUGCUGUAACCCCAAUAUUACUGACGUCACCAAGACGUGCUUCAAUCCUGCCUCACAUUUAAGGGCCUACCUGGAUGUGAAGGAGUUGAAAGACAUCCUCAAAGUAGAUGGCUCUACGCACCUUAACAUCUUCUUUGCCAAUUCCACUAAUGAGGACCUGGCUGGAGUGGCCACCUGGCCGUGGGACAAGGAGGCCCUGACCCAUCUCGGAGGAAUAGUGUUAAAUCCGUCUUUCUACGGCACGUUCGGCCACACUCACACCAUGAUCCAUGAAAUCGGCCACAGCCUGGGCUUGUACCACGUCUUCAGAGGCAUUUCAGAGAUCGAGUCCUGCAACGAUGCCUGCUUGGAGAUGGAGCCUUCGCUGGAAACAGGAGACUUGUGUGCCGACACGAACCCAACGCCAAAAUACAAGCACUGUCGAGACCCUGAGCCUGGAAAUGAGACGUGUGGCUGUAGCAACUUUAUCCACACGCCUUUCAAUAAUUAUAUGAGUUACGCAGAUGACACCUGCACUGAUUCGUUUACCGAAAACCAAGUGGCUCGCAUGCAUUGCUACUUGGACUUGGUUUAUCAGACAUGGCAGCCCAACUACAAGCCCCCUCCUGUCCCGAUGGCACCCCGUGUGGUGGAACAACGUCAGGACUCCAUCGCUGUAGAGUGGUUCCCUCCAAUCACGGGCCACUUCUAUGACAGAGAAGUGGGAUCAGUGUGUGAUAAAUGUGCCGAAGGCCGAGUUUUUCUCCAGUACGCUUCCAACUCCUGGUCUCCACGUCCCUGCUUGCCUUCUGGACACUGGAGCCCACGAGAAGCUGAAGGUCCACCAGAUGUGGAGCAAGUGUGUGAGCCAAGUGUUCGUACCUGGAGCCCCCACAAUGGCAUGGAGGUGGGCCUGGUACCGCCGCAAUGUCCACUGCAGGGCUGCAUGUUGCAGCUGGAAUUUGCAUACCCGGUUGUGCCCGAGUCGCUCACCGUCUGGGUGACGUUCUGUUCUUCAGAGGAGACGGCUCUUCCUGCUAUCCACAACAUCAUAUUGCUUUGUGUAAGUGGGCAUAACCUCUCUCUGGGUCCCAGUGAUGUGUUCUGCGACACGCCUCUGACCGUCAAGCUGGACGUAAAGGAGAAGGUGUACGGUGUGCAGUUCUUCACCAUGGAGCAGCACCUGGAGAUCGAUGCCACUUUGCUCACGUCCAAGCCCGACUGCCCACUCUGCCAGGAUUGUGAGGAGUUGCGUUACAGACUCCUGCGCCAACCGUCGUUUAGUCACGCUCCGCAAGGCAUCGAGCUCAGCGACUCGGCACGGAGAUACCUGGACAGGGAUGUGAUGCAUGGUGUGAUGUACACCUACCAGGUUCAGACCAUCACCAGAUGGGGAGAUAGCGAACCGUCUCCUCCUUUAUUCCACCGUCUUGGAGCACCAUACUGUGGAGAUGGGAUCAUCCAGAGGUCCCAAGGAGAGCAGUGCGAUGAUAAGAACACCAUAAAUGGGGAUGGCUGCUCAAGUCAAUGUAGGAAAGAGCCGUUUUUCAACUGUGUAGGCGAACCCAGUACAUGCUACUACUACGAUGGCGAUGGAGUUUGUGAGGACUUUGAACGGGAGACCAGUGUAAGGGACUGUGGUCUGUACACCCCGAGCGGUUUCCUGGAUCAGUGGGCCACUACGGUGGAGACGUCCCAUGAGCAAAGGCUAUACUGCCCAGCUGAGGUGGCAUCGGGAUACCCUGCGAUCACCAAGACUUGCCAGUCCAAGGUGUAUGACUUGUCUCAUGGCAUUUCCCAGUAUGCCUGGUUUCCUUGUCGCGAAGCCCAGCAGGUUUCCUGGUACCGCCCAUACUGGCUGAAGGCGUAUUUCUCGCACCCGAUGGUAGCCACAGCAGUCAUCAUCCACUUGGCAGCAGACGGGACGACCAUUUUUGACUCGGUGCAACGUCAGACGCAAUGCAACAUCUCUGUGCAGCUGGUAGACACCAAGGACAAGAUCCACAGCUUAGGUAACUGGCGCCUGAGCUGCCGCACCAACCCACUGGUGAUCCCCGUGAGCCAUGACCUCAGCAUGGCUUUCUACCACACCAAGGCUAUCCUCCUGAUCUUCCGCUGCCCAUUGGUGGCUAUCUCUGGUGUGGGUCUGCGUUCCUUCCAGUUCUUCGACCCUAUCACCAUCAGCAGCUGCCAGAGCAAUGAGAUCUAUAACCCCAUGGGCCAAAGUUGCGUUCAUUACUCCUGUGAGGCCAUCGACUGCCAGGAGCCGAAGGUCCGCAAUGCAGAGCUACGAUGUAGCGGUGGCUUUUUCAACGGCGCCCGAUGCACUGUCACAUGCAACAGUGGCUACGUGCUGCAGAUCCACCGGGACGAUGACCUCAUCAAGAGCCAGUCAGGAUCUACGGUGACCAUUACCUGUACAGAUGGCAAGUGGAACAAGCAGGUGUCCUGUGAGCCCGUUGACUGUGGCCUCCCUGACAAGUACCAUGUCCACCCUGCCAACUUUUACUUUCCCGAGGGUACCACCUAUGGCAAGAAGUGCACCUUCCAGUGCAGGGAACCUGCUCAGCUUGUGGGAACUAAUAACACACUGACAUGCAUGGAGGAUGGCCUGUGGUCCUUCCCGGAGGCCUUGUGUGAGCUGCGUUGUCCUGCUCCUCCCAUCAUCCCCAAUGCUGUAUUGCAGACCAAACGUUGUAAUGAGACUGGCCUCAAAGUGGGCUCACUUUGCAAGUACAAGUGCAAGCCUGGCUACCAUGCCACCAACAAGCCCAAGAGACGGGCAUUUAAGAUGCAGUGCACAGAAGACGGCCGAUGGCUGGAGGGAUCAUGUGAGCCGGUGAUGUGUCCUCCACCUCCGCCGGUCUUCCACGGCAUGUACCACUGCACUGAUGGCUUCCUAUUCGACAGCAUGUGCUGGCUGCAGUGCCACUCUGUCAACAGCACGGCAAAGGCAUCUGCUCCCUGCAAGCAGCAAGGCACACACCCCAACAUGAUCCGCUGCAGGAAGGAUGGAAACUGGACCGGAUCUUUCCAGAUUUGUCCACAGAUUAAGGGUCAGUGUGCUUUACCACGGAACCUGCAUCCAGGCAUCCGGCUCAGCUGCAAGAAAGGACACGCCAUAGGAGCAGAGUGUGAGCUUUCAUGCAGGGACAUGAACAGUGAUGUGGUCAUCCUGCCUGACAACAUGACAGCUAACAGUGUUCUGCAGCACCACUGGAUGAACCCACCCAAAGUCACGCAUAUAACAUGCACCAUGGGCCUGAAAUGGUACCCACAUCCUGAGGUCCUCCACUGCAUCAAAGGUUGUGAGCCAUUCCAGGGCGACAAUUAUUGUGACGCCAUGAACAACAGAGCGUAUUGUAACUACGAUGGAGGAGACUGCUGCCAGUCCACUGUCAAGACUAAGAAGGUGAUCUUCUUUCCAUCAUCGUGUGAUCCGCAGACCGAUUGUGCCUGCCGGGACCCCAAAGCACCAGAAAACAGAAAAGACGAGCAUGUGUACUCUCUGGGCUGAGAGAAAGAGUGCAGCCAUGGAAAGCCCAGCUAUAGACUGGGUUCAAGCAAGAUAUUCUUCCAGAUAUGCUGCUUCACAAGUG